AUGACCGGACUUUCUGCUGGGCUUAUGUGCACAUGGGAGAGUAUUCUAGUUGUCUUUGCCAUCGGCUUCAGAAAUGGUGGACCAGCAGGGCUCUUAUAUGGACUUACACUCGUCUGGCUCGGCAAUCUCUCCGUCUUUAUGGUGAUCGGGGAAUUGUCCAGUGCUAUCCCUACAGCUGGAGGUCAGUAUCACUGGGUCUCACUUCUUGCACCACGAUCGAGUAAGAACUUCUUUAGUUACAUGACCGGUUGGCUGACUGUCAUCGGCUGGAUCGCGGCCUUGACAUCCACGGCCUUCUUCGUGUCCGACUUGACGUUGAGUCUCGUUGAACUGAACGUAUCACAAUACUCGAGAGAACUAUGGCACGCAACGCUUCUACUAUGGGGAACACUGCUACUAUGUGUUUUCAUCAACAUCUUUGUUAGCGGUGCACUUCCGACCAUCGAAGUUGUUGUGCUCAUUAUACACAUUUUGGGCUUCUUCGGGAUCCUGGUUCCACUUGUGUAUCUCACCUCAUCCCACAAUGCAGCCAAGGAGGUAUUUAAGACUUUCAACAAUUUUGGGGGGUGGCAAAGUAGAGCUUUGGCCUUCUUUGUGGGAUUGCAGGGGAACGCUUUGGCUUUCGUGGGCACCGACUCGCCUGUACAUAUGUCCGAAGAGGUUAGAAAUGCUAGCGUUGACGUGCCUCGGUCAAUGCUCCUCAGCUUGAUCAUCAACGGCUGUCUCUCGAUCGGUAUGAUGUUAGCCGUACUCUUCAGCGCUGGAGAUAUCGCUCAGAUUCUGGAGACGAACGCGUCACCUGUCUCGGCAGCUAUGGUCAUCUUCGAACGCGUAACGGGCUCUAAAACUGGAGCCACAGUCAUGACCUCCAUAAUCGUGGUGCUGGAGUUUUGUAGUGCAAUGGGAUGCUUAGCUGCGGCGUCACGAAUGACGUGGUCCUUUGCGCGCGAUCGUGGACUACCCUUUUCACGGGUACUCAGCAUGAUUGAUAAGCGCACCACCAUCCCGGUCGUCUCGAUUCUUGUGGCAACUGGCUUCUCUGCCCUUCUCGCCCUCAUCAACAUCGGCAACAGUGUCGCCUUCAAUGGCACAAUCUCUCUUGUUCUGGAAGGCUUUUACAUCUCCUAUUUUCUGGCCAUUGGUCUCCUUCUAUGGCGCCGGCUCCGGGGCGACAUGGACAAGACUAAUACCUCGCUAACCGCCUUCAGCUCUUCAGCCGCUCAAGACGAGAUAUAUGAUCGCAAACUGACCUGGGGACCGUGGCGGAUCAGAGGCACCUUUGGGGUUGUAAACAACAUUGUGGCCUGCUGCUACCUUUUGCUGAUGGUGUUCUUCAGCUUUUGGCCCGCCCAGUUGAUCGUCAGUAACCCGGCUGACAUGAAUUGGGCGGUGCUUGUCACAGGGUGCGUGGCGAUUUUUAGUGUUGGAUACUACCUUGUUUACGCGAGGAAGUCUUAUAAAGGGCCUGUCGUGGAAGUUGAUCCGCACAUUCUUUAG